AUGAAGGUGGAAAGAAUUUUUUGUCUGUAUCUAGGGUGGCUGUUGGCGUGCCGGGCGACGCCCACCUUACAAGACUCAACGUACGACGAGGCGCAGCGCGACGGCGUCCUCCCAAUUGUGGACGUCGAAAUGGUCGCACCGAAACGGUGGCAGGCGUAUAGGAACGGUCUCAAUAGUUUGAAGCGUGAGCUUUCCUUCGUCAUAGAUCGAGGCAAGUUGUCGCUGUCGACGCUACUAACACGACAUGCAGAGUUAGAACGUGAGAGAAGACGUAUUUUCCAGUUGGAAGACCAGCGGUCGCUGGCCGCGCCGCGCGCAUCGCUGAUGCAGCUUCUACCCCGUAAGACGACGAAUGACGCUUUACAUUGCGCGUAG